AUGUUGCGUAACGGGCUACUAGGCUGUGUGCUAGCAUGCUUAGUCUUGCUAGCUCAGAUUGCUGACGUACAAGCCUUGUACGAGGGCAUGUAUUGCGGCAAGGAGAACUGCUAUGAUGUCCUAGGUGUCACGCGAGGAGAGAUUAUCAAGAAGGAUCUAAAUAAGGUCUGCAGAAAUAAACUCCGAGAGUUCCACCCCGAUAAGAAUCUGGCCGCACAACACGACAAAGAGUUGCGAGCGAAGCUGGAGAAGGAUUGGGAGAAGUACAGUAUUGCUUGUGAAACCAUCCGUGACGACGACAAACGAAAGGAAUACGACCAUCUACUAGAUAAUCCCGAUGAGUUCUUCUAUGCCUGGUGGUACUACCAUCGUCCACGUGUUUCUACGACGAUCGAUGUCGGAUUUGUUAUCAUCGUACUGCUGACAGUAAUUUCUCUGGGACAGUUUUACUUCAUCAAUCAGAGUUUCGAGAUCAGUGUUAACGAGAUUUUGUUCGACAAUGAUAAACUCCGACACAACCUGAGUGCAAGGGCCGAGCGAGAAGGACACGGAGCUUUGCUGAGGAACAAAAAGGGCAAACCCGUGUCCAAAGACGAACAGAAAAAAGUCCUCUAUGACUUAUACGCCGAUGACAUCGGAUUGGAGGCCAAUCUAGACAGAUACGAGUGGGACGAUGUGCUAUGGGUGCGUCUGUUUGUGUGGAUUGUAAAGCUGCCCCUGUUCGUGUACCACACCGUCAAGUACUUCAUCCGGCAUUGGGUUAUGGACUGCGAAUACAACGACGAUGAGCAGGAGUACAUGACGCGCAAGCGCAUGUUGAUCAGUCGAAAGAACUGGGAACGUCACACCCAGGAUUAUAAAGAUUCUCUUAUUGCCAAAGAGCUUUGGAACGAAGCGAAUUGGAAGGCCUAUAGGGAGGAACAAGAAGAGCAAGUGGCAGCCUACUUCCUGAGCAACUCCGAGAUGAAACAAUACAAAAAGCAGAAGAAAAGACAGUAG